GCUCCGGCACUGAUGAUUCUUGCAUGAUUACGGCGUUGUGUAGGGCAGGUGUAGGGAAGCUCAGAUUUCCAUGAACCCUCGGCAUUUUCCUGCAUUUGCAUUUUCCUGUGAGCGGCCCCAGUCAGAAAGCCAAGUCCGCGCUCGUAGUGCAUUCGGUCCGCGAAGUCUAGUGCGUUCUCCGCGGGUUGUGAGUGAGUCGCGUCCGCGUUUCCCGUUCCGGUGAGUGUCCCGUAUCCGCUCGUUGGUCCGUUCGCGUUUCCGCAUCCGCCCGGGCGCAUGCAUCGCGCAAUCCUCAGUAAAUCAGACAGAAUCGCACGACGGGACCGGAGUCCGCCAGCGAACUGUGCGGCAAGCAGUGCGGCCCAGUUUCAGUGAAGGAGGCUGUGGUCCUGCAUCACGUCCUUGUGUGCGAUGGGAAUGAUGCUGGCAAUGUCCUGGGCCGCGUGUGGAGUUGGAGUGAAAUGUUGACAAAAAGGCUGUGAUGUGCAAGGCUCCGAAGACUGGAGUGAACGUGCGACGUGUUAAUUAGAGGCUCGAAGGGACUACAGGACGGGCAUCCCACCAGGACAUUUAGGUGUGUACGUCCGUGACGCAUUGCUCGUUGUGGUUUUCAGUGACCUGCGAGGUAGCUGGACUAGUUUUCGUUCGUAGCAAUCAAGUGAACCCGCAGACGAACUAUCUCCCCCUUGACAUCGCCGGAGGUCCCGCCAAAAAAUCUCGCCUCACUACAGAAGGAAGGACGUCGCAUCUCCAUCCUUGUGCGACCGUACUCAGGAGUGUCCUGCAAAACAUCUGAAUGGACCACGUCCCGGCCUCUGUUAAACAAAGUUUAAAAAAUUCUAUUAACCACGGAGUUGCCUCCUGGCUCGACCGCGCGCGUUCAACUGCAUGAUUUAUGGGAAUCCCCUGUGUGUGGUAAAGCAACCACUUCGCCACCACAUUGCUGGCAAAAACGGGAGCAAAUCCGAAAAAAACAACAACGCCGGAGCCGCACUCGAGCAGGCAGGCCAGGGAGCGUUCGAGGAAAGGUCGGCUAACAACAGUGAAGAACUCGGUAAGGAGCCCCCGAGGACCCGAGAGCAAUGGAAAAAGUUUGAAACGGACUGAUUUUAAGAUGUUCUAAGGAUGAAUUAUGUUCUUUUUCAUAACGGGGCUAUCAAAUCGAAAGUUAUAUAACGGCAUCUAGAGAAGAAAGCAGGGAAAGUCAAGUCGCAGAUAGGACGCUCGGACACUGGCAGGGACGGUGACGAGAGAAACGGAAACGGUUACCAUUGAUGUAAGGCUCUAACUGUGACGCAAAACUUAAAAACUGACUUCGUCCUCGAACUUUUACUUAAGGACGAUUUCUAUAGCUACAGCUCGCCAGGAGAGAACCAUCCAAAAUGCUUGGCAAUCUCCCAGUGCGAACACGUAAAAAACGAUAAUCUGCAUCCAGGAAAGCAUGGGCUAGUCGAGAUCAAGGACUAUGCAGAGCAUCCUUGAAAGUUUUACACGAUCUGCUUAUUUUAGUUCAUCCCCAUCACUUAUUUCAUGUUUAUAUGCUUCCAAUUCUUCCAUCAAACGGGUCCUUGUUGACUGGUGUGCAAAGAGCGAGGUCCUAGACGUAUCCUGAGAUCCCAGCCAAAAAGCAAAGUCAAGUUCGUACCUCCCGAGUGCGUAGUACCGACAUUAGUGCUGUCUGUGGUGGUCGCAAAUGAAGUGCAUCCUCCGAGUGAUACGUGAGUCCAAGAAAUUCGAGAAGCUGAGAACGCGUUCCGCACUAUCACUAUAGACGUCGUUGCGUUAUUCCUUGUCCGUUUAUCAGUUUCCGUGAAUAUUUAAUCGUUAUCCGUUCUCGUUGAAAGGGGCUUGGGUCACUUCCAGAAACUCUUUGUUGUCCCAGUUGUUGUGUUUGUUAGUUGGAGUUUAAAAAUUCGCAAGUACUCACUUGUGCGUGUGUAAAUGAUCCAUAACGGCACGGCAUUUCGAAUUAUCAGCUUUAUCCCGGAUUGCAAUGCUGGCGACGAGCAAAAAAUGAGGAUUUUCCCGAUAUCCUGCCAACAAUUCCUCUCGUCCUCAAUGACUUUCGCGCGCCAUAUCAGCGAUUCCCAUUCGUUAUUUUGAGUAAUUAUUGUCAGCGCAUUAUUGUCAUUAUUCUGAUUGUUGUGAUUUAAUACGUCGGUGGACGUCCUGCCGUUUUUUUCCUGGCUCGUCCGCGACUCAUAUCGGUGCCAAUGGUAUCUGGAUGACAAAGAGCCGCUUCGGAUUCCGUGAAAAGAAUGAAAGAGCUCUGGUGAGACAACACAUCAAUUUUUUUGUUGAGUUUUUGGUGGAAAUUUCGUAAAUUCCUGCGAAAAGUGUUUUUGAAUUGUGGGUUCCGCUCACUCCCUGCUUGAAGCCAAAAUAAAAUGAAUGCUUGUUGCACUCUGAGUGGGAUGAGAUGAAAGAACGCGGCGAAUGAAAGCCGAGAAAUUUUUUGUGAAACGUGCGUGCAUUAAACACGAUUAUAAUAGUUACAGUUACGGGGAUAAUAGGAAACAGAUCAAAAUGGAAUUACUACCGAAGCGUUCCAACUCAUGGAUUAACAUCUUUUUCUACAUUUACGUAACGACUGGAAUAUUCAUAUCAUCGUGCCACGGGCAACAACAAAAAUUCCGAAUAUCUCCACAUGAUCUUCAGGUCCUGGAAGGAUCUGAAGCAUUGAUGAGGUGCGAGGUGUCGAAUCAAGCUGGACAGGUUCAAUGGACGAAAGAUGGCUUUGCCUUAGGAUUUUCUGCUGUCAUUCCCGGUUUCCCGCGGUACUCCGUAUUAGGCGAUCGAGCGCAAGGUGUUUAUAACUUGCGAAUAUCGAACGCGUCUAUAGAAGAUGAUGCCGAAUAUCAGUGUCAAGUUGGUCCGGCAAAAUUUAAUUCAGCGAUACGAGCAAACGCGAAACUCACGGUCAUAUCGCCACCAUCUUCAAUUGAAAUCCAAGGAUACACACACAACUCAAAAGUGGAAGUGAGAGAAAAUCAGAACCUUACAUUAACCUGUAUUGUAUCGGAUGCAAAACCAGCAGCUCAGAUACAAUGGUUCCGAGGAAAUGUGGAGUAUAAACCAGAAAACCGGGAAAACAAGGUCGAAGAAACACAAGGAAAACGCUUUACAACGACAUCACGUCUGCAGCUGAAACCGUCCGCCGAGGAUGACUACACUGAGUAUACGUGCCAGGCGAAGCACAAGGCCUUACAGCCCGAUAUGCCAAUGCGCGCAACUGUACAAUUGUCAGUUCUAUAUCCGCCAGGACCACCGUACAUCGAAGGAUAUACUCAAGGUGAAACUUUGAGACGUGGCCAGACCAUUGAACUGAUGUGCCGAAGUCGUGGUGGGAACCCUCCAGCUCAAUUAAUUUGGUAUAAAAAUGGAGCCCAGGUUCGAAUGGCGUACAGGACUGCCGGUCGACUUUCCGAGAAUAUUUAUACUUUCACAGCAGAGUCAAGUGACGACAAAGCGAAAUUCCGGUGUGAAGCGAGCAACAUUAUGUCCCAGACGCCGUUGAAAGCGGAGGUGGAAUUGAGUGUGUUGUUUGCUCCGACACAUGUCUCCAUAUCAGGACCAUCGGAGGCCCGAGUGGGGGAUCCAGUGCCUCUUACGUGCACAACAGCACCAUCAAAUCCACCAGCUGAAAUUAAAUGGAUGGUUGGAGGUCGACAAAUAAGAAAUGCUACGUCAAGGACUGUGCCAAGUCCGGAAGGUGGAUGGAUAACGUCAUCGAAUUACACGGCCAUAGUUGAACCUAAUAAGCGGUCACUCGUUGUAAUUUGCCACGGACUUAACAUGCAACUGACGGAGAAUGUUGUGUCAACACACACCGUGAACGUAUUGUAUCCGCCAUCAACACCCAUCAUUUCUGGAUACGUCGAGAAAUCAAUCAUCCCAGCGGGUUCUAUACAGAAGUUGAUGUGCAUUUCCUCGGGCGGGAAUCCACUGGCAACGCUUACGUGGUACAAAAACGAUAAAAAGAUAAAUUCAGUGCAGAAAGUCAGCGAUAAAUCGGUUUCAGCUGAAUUAACGAUCCUGGCAAAUGUCACAGACAAUCAGGCUCAGUAUCGUUGCGAGGCUCACAACAGCGCCACGGAAAUUCCGCUGUUCGAAACGAAGACUUUAAGCGUUCACUUUGCGCCCGAAACUGUGAAAAUUCGCGUUGAACCGGACGAGUUGAAACAUGGCGUUGAAGCGACACUCAUCUGCGACUCGAGUUCAAGCAAUCCCCCGUCGAAAGUUUCGUGGUGGAAGGAUGGCAUUCCAGUAGAAGGAAUAAAUAAUUCAUCAAAGCCUGGGCUCUGGGGAGGAACCGUUUCUACUUUGGAGCUUAAAGUGAACAUCACCCAAGACAUGAAUGGUGUCGUCUACACAUGCCAAAGUUCGAAUGAGGCGCUACAACGUAGCGUUCAUGAAGCAAUUACACUGGAAGUUCUAUAUCCACCUAAAUUCGUUCCACCGCCGUCAUCAACUGUCGUCGGAGUUGAAGGAGAGCCUCUGCAAGUUGUUCUCAUGGCGAAUGCAAAUCCAAUGUCAAUCACAUACACUUGGACCAAGGAUGGAAUCCCCAUAACUAUGAAUGAACCAGAACGUGUAGUGAGCGACGGGCCUGUCUUGAACAUCACCAAGUUGGCACGCAACGAUGGAGGAAUUUAUACUUGCGAAGCUGUGAAUUCUCAAGGAGUGGCCACAAUUAAUAUUACUGUCAUGGUUGAAUAUGGUACUGCUAUCAAGUCAGUUUCUGAGAAUGUUAUAGUUAACCCUGGUGACGAGGCCACUCUUUCAUGCACAGUGGAAGGUAAGCCUCUAACAGAAGAACAUGUACGAUGGGAGCGACCAGGAUAUGAUAUGUCGGAAAAAACAAAAACAACAUUUGCGAAUGGAACAUCCUUUUUACAUUUUAAAAAUGCUCGCCGCGAGGACGUCGGCAAUUUCCGUUGUGUUGCCGAUAAUCGAGUAGCGAAUCCGACCAGCCGUGAUGUCCUGCUAAUAGUGAAGUUUGCACCGGAAAUCAACAAAUCACCCACAAUGCUUCGUGCUGCUAGCGGGACGGGUGAACGCGGUAGGCUGCCGUGUCGUGCUCAGGCUGCACCACAACCGAAAUUCCAUUGGACACAUGGUGGUCAGCCUUUGAAUGUCAAUCGGACAUACAAAUAUGGCAUGGAAGUCCGGCAAAUUGAUCAGCUCACAUACGAGUCGACUCUUAUCAUCGAAAAAGUUGCACCCGCCGAUUAUGGAGUGUACGAAUGUGUCGCAGAAAAUCCUUUGGGAAAAACGAAAGCGGAAGUUCGCCUAGAUAUCACGUCACCACCGGAUAUGCCGCUUAACCUUAACGUUUUGAAUGUUACCCAUGAUAGUGUUACAGUUGCCUGGACCCCUGGUUUUGAUGGUGGUAUGAAGCCAUCAUAUCGAGUCCGAUAUAGAGAGGCAUCCAGCGAGCACUACAAGUACCAGGAUAGCGGCAAUACACAACAGAACAAAAUGACUAUCACAGGACUGCGGAUGAAUACGCUGUAUCUUUUCUCGGUGAUGGCAAUGAAUGCUUUGGGUAGCAGCAAGUAUUUGCCAGAUUUGCAACGCGCUAUGACAAAAGAAGCUCCACCGCCUUCACAGCCGGCAUCGUCCCUAGGUGGUCCGCCAACGACAUCUGCAACUCCAAUUGGUGGCACAUCGGGAAUGCUGCUUUUAGUGGGGGUGGCAUCCGGCACAACGAUUGUCCUUUUAAACGUUCUAUUGAUUGGAUGCUGCCUACACAGACGCAAUCAGAAUCGAAUUAAACGAGGAUCUGAACCGUCGCCAGCUGAACUUUUGGAAAAGUCCGAAAUGCCAAAUUUGGUCAUAAUUGGAAUUGCAUUGGCUGCUUUAGGUCUUUUAUUGGUGAACGCAGCGUUAGUUGCAUGGUUUGUGAUAAAGAAGCGUAACAAAGCUUCCAAUCAGAAUAGCAAAACAGCGACCAUCGAAAUGUAUGCGCCCAGCUCCUAUAAUGAUACAGUGACCGGUGAAACGUUAUCGAGUGUUUCAGAAAAAAGCGAUUCGUACUCCAAUGAGGGAAGUCAACCGGACUACAUGGAUGAAACCCGUAAGAAAGCUGCCUCAACAUAUUUGGUCGAAAACACAGACAUCCCGCCGCCACGUUAUCAAAAAGAUGGAACGCUGCCUUCUUUAAUGCCCAACAACACCGCAAACUCAGUGAAUACACGAACGCUGCCGCAUCCGCGCCACAACAACAACACAACACUAAUGGAUCAUCGCUCCCGCGAUGAUCAAAUAUUAAUGACAAAAGGAACGUAUAUUCCGUCCCCAUCACCAGCACCACCACUGGAUGGUUCCUACUACAAUAUGAAUAGUGAUCGAUAUUUAUCGUAUCCACCAAUGGAUUACCCGCCAAUGGAAUUUAGCACACCGCCUUUGCCUCUUACGCACAUGCAACCCAAUCAAACCAUGAUUGGUGGUGGUAGCGGUGGUGGAGGCACCCUCCGUCGCGGUGCAAUUGGCAUGCGGGCAAUGGUACCGCCACCCGACGUUACGCAUCAUACGACAAAAAUUCCACACGAUAUACAUCCGAAUAGUACGACAGCUUCGACGCAAACCAAUGGAUCGACGCUCCAAACUACUGCGCAUCAACUUAGUAAUUUAAGUAAUUUGUCACAGGUAUCGUCACAUCAGACAUCGACACCGAAACAGCCGCAGGGCAUUCUUAAGGAUCCGAAGAGGAACCAGCAACAGCCUCCCCUGAAUACUAUGCAAAUUCUAAAUGUUCAAAAUGCACCGAACAUAGGUAAUAGUUUACUGAUUGGCAACUACGAUCCCAACACACACAACCUGAGUACAUUUAACGCCACAAUGGGCUAUUCAGACGCGGACGGACAUCUGGUGUAGUCGUCACCGGUGAACUUCGUCUACGUUGACUUGCUACUGUGUCUCGUGCCUGGACAACACCCCCCUGUAGAAACAUGACGCCUGACAAUAAAGUCGACUGCUAUCGAAAGGAUGCACACAAUCAGAACGAAACCAUUAACAACGAAAGGAUAAGCAACUUGUAAUUGAAUCUACCUUCCGCUAGCCGAGUCCAUUCCGUCGACUGAUUCAGGCCAGAUACCUUGAGCAACGCACUACCUGACCAGCGGUAGCUUGGUUGGAAGGAUUCUACGCUCAAUUGACUUCUUCCAGUAGCACACGGCACACCCUUUCUACGGUGGAGAACACAUCGCACAACCGAACAAUUAUUACAAUACACCAAUGUCUUCUGGGGGUAACCAAAAUGAUGUUCAUUUCCUGAGUCUCCAUUUCAUAUGCCCCGAGAAAAGGAUACUUGCGGAGUCUCGGAAUACCAAGGAGAAGCCAGGGAGCGGUACAAUCAAUUCAACUUAGCAUUGAAUCAAACAUAUUAUUACAGGAGUGCCGUAUACGCUGUCGACGAAGGGCAUAUAUACGUACAUUAUUCCCCAGAAAUCCAGGCCAGACACACUUUUCCUAGGACACGUACAAAUACAGGGUGUUAGGUCUUUUCGACCCACGGUACGAUAAUACAGUAGCAAGAGUGAAUUUGUGUAAAAACGAGCAUGUAAGGGAUGUACUGUGUGUGUGGUAUUCUCCGUUGUUGAGAGAACUGCCUUCGUAGUGAAAAUAUAUAAAUAAUUAUUAAAAAUAUGAAAACAAUACACAAAAAAUAAUAAAUUAAACAAAUGAAUGAUAACUGAAUGUGAAAACUCUCUAAUUAUAUAUAUACAUAUGUUAUUUAGAUAUUAUAUUUAAGAUGUUGUUAUAUAUACAUUUUACACAAUAUUAAGUUAAUAUUUUUCCCUAUUUAGUCCUCUCAUUCUCUAAUGUCUGUGUCGUUGUAAAUGUUGAAACCUCACUUAAAGAGCAACCACCAAGCAAGGCUUCACGAAGCUUUCCGUUUGUUUUAACGUUCCAAUAUUUUAACUUCACGUCUCUGUUGAAAGGUUUUCUUGAAGUUUGUUAAAGUCUAUGAAAAUUGCGUGAACACUAUUUUAAAAAUGGAAAAGGAAAUAAGACAAUGAUCUCAUAUAGUCAAAACAGUAAUGGAAAAUGUUUUAAUGCAGAACGAUGGCAAGGCCUGGGGGUUGUGUUUGUGCGUCGGAUGGAACACACCGAGUUCAUAAAAAUUAAUUUAUUUUGCUGUGGGUAGAGAAAAAGCCGCAGUAUGAAAGGAAGCCGCCCUAAAGGGUUAAAUAGUAUAGCGGAAGUUGGGUAAACGUUGAUCCUUUGCCCUAAUUUUUUGGUUCGCUUAACUGUCACCACAAUGGUCUUCACCAGUUUUAAGUAAAUAUAACUGAACUAAAGUUCGGGAUGUCUUCACUAUUUGAUGUAUGUGUGUAUUUUUGCCUUGCAGUGUAUCCUCUUGCCCUGCUUUCUGCAAACACCAAAAAAAUGUUGCGAGGAUUCGUCUGAAGAAAAAGGGACAUGUAACUUGUAGAAGUAAUCUCAAGUGCCUCAAAACUGAAUUGUGCAAAGAAUACAGAACUAGAGUCGAUUAUUCCUCCUCCACACCGUACAGCUAUCUAGUCUACAUCGACACGAAACUCUCGAGAUGUCCUUGGCUGCCUUGCCGGAUCAAAGUCAGGCAGCCAGUUGUAAUUUCGAUUCUUCUCUAUUUGGAGGAAAAAGAAUCUGAGAAGUCAAUAUAAAGUUCUGUUCCUGUCAUUCAUCCAUUUACAAUCCUACGAGAGCCUUGCCAGGAUACUUAUGUAGUCCGGCGGCUGCCUUUAAUCGGUCUAAGGCCCGGCAAGGAAUGAAAAGGGCGAUGAGUCACCCCUGGGAAAAGGAAUCAACAUGGAUCGUGGUAAAUACUACAGCUCUCGUCAACACGUACCUCUCAAGAGACUCCCAUCUUACGAGCAGAUACCCCCGCUGAAACCUAAGAAGUGGAUGAAGAAAAUGCAACGAUUCAAAGAGCAAACAAUGCAUGAUGUUCAAAAUUGAAGGGAAUUUCGUUCGCUGUUCAUCUUAUCUUUGCUUCUUUGUCUAUUUUCCAUCUUAGUUUUGUCACUUUUCUCUGUUGGGUAGAUUUUCCAACUUUACUAUUUUACUGUCUAAAACUGGCAGAAGACAUUUGUUAUCCACAGAAUUAAAUGUUCUUUUCUUUAGUUUAGAUAGCGUUCUGAAGUCGUCCAGACUACGUUUUCUUGCUCCUCGGAGUUUUACACAGAAUAGUCUCAAGCCCACCGACACCAACGGAAUUGUAUUCGCAAAAAGAUGGAGCUACGUCUUGGGAAUCAAAAUAUAUCUUAUAUAUUGGAGUCAGAGAUGGUAAUGUGAAAAAUAUUGCCUUCCCCAUUCCUCAUUACUUCGUGGAAAGAAAUAUAUAACGAGAAAUAAAAUAAGGAAGGACAAGUUCCGAGCGACAGAAUCGAUGAAAUUCUGCCAAACUGAAUUAUCGCGAAGGCAGCCAGAUGUUUAUUAAAUCCUACAGAAAUGUGAAAACGGGGAUCAAAUGUUGGUAGCAAAGACGAAUGAAAAACAACAAGCCAACAGGACUUGUCUAACUUGUCUAUUUUCGUAACAAUCAACAACGACUAUUCCGACUCCUACAAAUAACAAAGGAAACCAUAUACACUGAACUUUGCGGAUAUUUUCAGCAAUGUGUCUUUAAUAGAACGCAAUAUAAUACAUUUAUAAAUGUGGACAUAUCUUUUUGCCUAUUUAUUAAGUCUUUAAUGACCAUCAGACACAUCUUUCUUGGCUCCCUUGUUAAGUUGCGAUAAAAAAUUCAAAAAAGUAUGAAGCGUCCUUUUAAUGGAGUAUCUCUAGGCAGAGCAAAAUGUCAAUCUCCAGUCCUCCAUCAAACCUAUAAUUCGAUACAACUGAAACGUAUUAUCGACAAAGAUACAGGUAAAUAAGCUCAAACUUGGUUUUUGAAUUUCCCCAUUGUUCCGCAAAGAAAAUGAUAAGUGGUAUGAAAAGGCGUUAGGUUUUCAUAGUAGCAUUUUAGAACUUUAUGUGUUUUAUGUUUUGCACGUUUGUUCACAGCAAUAAAAAAGGCUGACUUAGCUUUAAAUGAUGACAUUUUGGUAGAAAUUUUGCCUCUCCCUAAUGAACUCAUAGACAUCAUUUUUGCGUGAAUGAUGAUGAAGAAUUUCUGUUCCAGCUUGCUCUCUCCCACUUUCGGCUUUUGCAUUGACAGCAUUGACUUUGAUAGGGGGACAUUUAUUUCCAAUCCCCGUAACAAAUCGCGACAACUCUCGACGGCUUACUCCAAACUCUCACGAAAAGGAAUCGGUGAGGGUCUCGUUUCUGCUGCGCUAUUAUUUCUUGUAAUAUUGGGAGCCACGAUGUCAAUAUUUCCCAAUACUGAGGCAUCGCAGUCGCUGUUUAUCGGCGGCUGGGAGCCUUCUUGGUCUCUCCCAAAAACCCCCUGUACUGAGCCCUGCAUUACAAAAUAACGCCCUUUCUCAUUCUCCAUAUCUAGUUCAUUUCCUGGGUAUCCUUCCGAUAAUCAAUUUUUAUUCACGGAGGUGGGCGUAGGAUCCCAUUUACCCUACUUGUGCAUGAAUAUUUCCUUAUCCGCAAGGGUCGCAACUGAUUGAAAUUUGACAACCGCCCCCGGUCCUGAUUGGGGUUCAACACCUUUAAUUGCUACUACUGCUUUUAAAUUGCAUUUGGAGGUUAACUAACAUUUACAUAACCGUGUCGGGAUUUUUGCAACUGAUCUCCGCAGUUUUUAUUUUUGUUUUGAACGCAGAUCGGAUACUGACAUGAUUAAGGGGGUUUUGAUUGGCGUCGUCGCUAAAUAUCGGCAUACUUCGACUUUUCAAGUAUUUCUCUUGGGCAGUUUGAGCUGAUUAAGACUGAGGUAGCGGCGCAUUUGUUGAAACGGCAAACAUAUUUAGAUGCGUAGUGGGCAUUUCAACAUAGAGAAAUUUGAAUAUAAAUGGUAAAUGGUAAAUUUCCGUCGCCACGAACACAACUUUUCCCUUUGGUUGGGCCAGAAGUUCUGCGAGGCACUAAAACAAAUUUUUUAACAACAUUCGAAACUAGCAAACCCAAAGUUAAUUUCAUAAAACGAAAUCGAAGUAUUUAAUUCAAUUUAUAAGAAUGAGCUAACCUUUAAUGCAUGUGAUUUAUGAAAUUGUAACAAAAAAUUAUAAUAUGAAAAUUGAAAAAAACCUGAAAAAAAUUCAAAAAUAUUAUCGUAAGAUAUUGUAAAUAUUGAAUAUAGAAGAAAUAUUUAAAUUUAUUAAUAGAUUUUUUAUAAGUUAACACUUAAACAAUUACAUAAAUGGAAGGAAAACUAAAAAAAUAUUCUUAAAAAAAUAUAUUACUGUGAAUAAAGCGGGCAGAUUCGAAACUAGUUAACGAAAAAUUAAUUGAGAAAGAGUUCUAGCCAGAAGAAAACAGAAGAAGGACGAACUGGGCAGAAACUAUGAUCCGAGAAUCCAAAUGAUUUAUUUCUUUUAUUGUUUCAUGUAAUGUAAAAGCUGACUCUGUCAUUCUAUUCAUAGCUGAAGUUUACCAAUUUUCUGGAAUAAUGAUUGAUAUUCUAUGACAAUUGUGAGAUGACUUACUAUUCAAGAAAACAAUAAAAAAAAUCUUCAAUGUGUAAAGGUCUAAAGAGAAUUUUCCAAGAGUUUAACGAAAUGAAAACCCAAAUCUGAUGUUGACGAUACUCAUCUAUAUAUGAAAAUAAUGGAUAGGAACGUAGUUAGAGCUCAUACAAAAUUUAGAAGAACUAUUUCGAAUAACUAAUUAUCGCAUUCACGUCUUAUUGUCACAAAUUUAAUAAAUGUUUUUCUUUUUACAUGAAAUACAAUAAAUAUUCUUUUAAAUUUUGUAUUUGUAUAGAACCUCCUCUUCAAACCUCUCAUGAACAUAGAAAACAGUUUACAUACAACUAGCAGGUCGGCUAUUUAAUAAAAUAAGACUGAUUUCCGUAUGUCGCCUGAUUAGUGUUGUAUUCCCUCCAGCUUCAACACCUCAUUUGAAUUCUCCUUCCCCCGCACAGGUAAAACGCAUCCCCAACAUUUUUCCGAAUUCCCAGCUGUAAGGAGUAGUAACUGAAUCCCAUUUUUACAAGCAAACGGAUAAUAAUUUUUCCAGGAAUCACAAAUGGUGGAGAUGUAAGGGACGCCUAAAUGAAUAAACUAAUAAUUGUAUAAAUUUUAAAGUAUAUGAAACAAAAUGAAUUUAAUAUGGAGAUAAGACAAACUAAAACAAAAUUGAGCCAAGCCAAUAUUAAAUCCGAACAAUCGAAUUCAAACUUCGAAAUAUAUAAAAGAACAUUUAAAAUGAAAUAUUAUAUUAUGAUUACUAAUAAAUUAAAAUAAUGUAAUUAAAACGUCUCAAUUAUACACAAAUGGAAGAAUUACAUAUACUUAACGAAGAAAAGUGGAUGAAGGAAAGCAAGCAGAGAACAAGCUAUGAAUUAUGUAAGAUAAAGACAGGAAGUACAUUUUAUAUAUUACAAACCCAGGACAACACAUUAUUUAAUAAACGGCAAAAUUGAAAUUUGAAAAAUUUCAUAUAUGUAUAAAACACAAAAUC